AUGGCGCACGCCCAGGGCUCCAGACUUUCGCUGCAGGCGACCUGUCAUUAUUCCAAUGUGUGCCACGGCCGCACGUGGGGGGUUUUGCCAUUUCCCGACGCGUAUGCGCAGGCCACUGGAUUCAUUCCCCCUUCAGACCAGGCACCUAAGCGCGGCUUUUCCUUUCCCCCUUUCCUUUCUUCGGGGAUGACAAUGAAUAUGAUGAUGAUGAAGAGGACGCCGCCGCUGUUGCUGCACCGUAACGGAUGGGCAGGUGGCGUUGAACCGCACUGCGCCCCCUCCUCCCUCUCCACCUCCUUCGCCCUCAGCUUCAUCAGCUACGGGAACUACACCGCGCUGCCGGGACAAGGCGACGACACGGGGCUGGUGCCGGCGCAGCUGGUGUCGAUGUCGUUUGCGGUGGCCAACGAGGCGAAUGGGGUUUAUACCGUUUGUGCGUUUCCGUUGGGGCAUUUGUCCAGCGGGGGGGGAGGGGGAAGGUGGAUCGAGGACGCGUCGUGGCAGCCGUGCGCGGACCGCAAGGACACGGACGGCAAACACCGCUUCACGAUCGCGACGGGGGCCGCGUUCGCGAUGUCGACGAGGUCCAUUGCGGUAAACCAGACGUGGUUUUGUCAUGAUGAGGGUGGGCGGUUGGUCGCAUACACGGGCAUCUCGAACGCGACGCUGGACAUGGCCUGUGGCGAUGACGGGGAGUUAGGCGGAUACCACGUUGAGAACUGCACGGCGUCCGAUAUACGGCUUCCGGUAACGCUGCUCUAG